UAAUUUUUUUAAACAGUUUUUACUAUAAUUUUUGGUGAAAAUAGGUAGUCAUAGGUCUUAAAAGCAAACGAUUUACUAAAGAUAACUUACAUUCUAGAUUUUUUAAGCAUACUGGUUACCGAGACCAACGGAAAUACAUAGUUAACAAUAUCCGUUAUGAAAAUAGUCAAUUAAAAACAAAUUAGUAGCCAGUGACACUCGCUUAUUAACACCUUUUAACACGUUUCAAAUGAGGAAGCUUUCAUUUACACAUUAUUGUUUUCAAUUCUAAUUUUGAAAUAAUAAAACGCAAGCAGUUCACAACGAAAUUUAAGAAAAAAUAAUUUGAUUUUCGAACACGACAUACAAACUUCUUUCUCACGAAAAAACCGGAUCCGUGACGCGAUAAAAUCGAACAACCGAAAUGCAAAUAAUUAAAAACCAUCUUAAAUUAUAUUAUUUAUUCCCUUUUAUUUAUUAGCCCAUCGAUGCAACAGCCCCAUCUUAACCCCAUAACGUGAACGCGAAAUCACCAAAAUAUAGGUCAAUAAAUUAAAGAAAAAAAAGGAAACCAGUUCUCGGCAAGCCGAUCGCACAUACGUUGAAUCAAAUUAAAAUAUCUAUUCUGUGAUCCCCCCAAUUGUUCUAUGAUUUAUGCUUCUGACAUCGAUCUGCAUAUGUUAAUCUAUGGUCCGAUAGGGGUGUAUUCCGGUGUACUUACUUUUUAAAAGUAAUGAUUAUUAACAUUUCCAGCCGGUCCUGUUUAAUAUGCAAAUAUUAAUUAGAUUCAUUUUCGUUUCCUUAUUUUUCUUGAGGGCAGCCGGAUUCUCAUGGAAAGGGGUUGAUUGAUCGAAUAUUAUGAAUUCGUCCGUCGUACGACCGUUAUUUUCUGGUAAUUAGAUAUUCAGGUUUGGUACAAGAAAUAUGUCGUAGAUUUAUCGAUGGAAAGGGAACGUUGUUUAAUUAUAUAACGAAAUUUUCGAUUUUGUUUUCUUUCGUUACAUACUAAUUUACUGCUACCACGUCGUUUCUCCUGCUAAGUAUAAUAUUCGCGUUUGAAAUUAUGAAAACUACAAAGAAGUAUGACAGAAUUUAAAUAUUAAGAAAUACAGCUUCACAAUAUCAAACUGCAGUAUUAAUGCACACACAUGACAUUUAUGGAAGGCACAUCACAUUCAUAGCACUCAAAAAAUUCAUUUCCGAUUCCGUAAAUCGAAGCGCACAAUGCAAUGGAAUAUCAAAUAAGAUCAAAUGUUGCAACAUUGACACACGGAGACAUGAGGGUUAAGAUCUUUUAACCCCUAAUCCUAUCUCCGACCUUUUUGUGUCUACAACAAAGCGGCACAUAUAUUUAAACCUGUUUUACAAUAUUGAUAGGUUGAAAUUUUUCGGAUAUUAAAACUGUCUUACAAUAGGGUCAGAUGUGCGUUUUGCAUACGAUUUCUUCAGAUGCAAAUAGGUUUCUCGGUUCGAUUUGUAAGGAAUCGAUGGUAUGGGAACCUUUUGGGCUGCGUAUGGUAAUGAUGAGAUAAGAGCCGACGCGUGAGAUGGUUUCGGCUUAUCUGAGUCAGUUAGUGUUGCGCGCGCCUCUCGGAGCCACGUCACGAAAGCGCGCGUAAACGCUUUUCAAAUUUUCGAAAUUCGAACGCGUCGUGAGCUUUGCGUUCGGAAUAAGGAUCCGCAUUUCCAACAAGUUCUUUUUUUGAAAUAAUAUUUUGAAUUCUGUAGUUUUUUUUUAAAUAAGGUCGUAGUUGUUAAGAACUCUUUGGUACUUAACUAUGAACUUUAGAAGCGGAGUGUUUGUUUACAAAUGGACGUUGUUGUGACAAGUUGGCAGGACUUUGCGUUCGCAAUUAUGAAAGUCAGGAGUUACUAUCAAGAUAGAGCCACGCUGGCUGAGAAGGAGGUGAGCACGUUGAAGGAGCAGCUGGCGACCACGACGCCCACGGUGCAGGCAGCCACGCCCAACGGCAACACUCGCCUAGAGGCCUCCGAUACCAGAAUACUAGAACACAAAUUCAGUGAACUCAGAACCAGCCCCGAACACGACAUCAAACGAGAAACAGACUCACCCGACAACGCGAGAAGCGUGGAUGACGAUCACAAUCUAGACAACCAGAAAAUGGAAAUGGCUGCCACGACGAGAAGUAAUAGCAAUUCGAAUAGAAGUAGUCCACUCGUAGGAAAUAAUCAGAGUUCGAAUUUGGAGGGCGAGCUCGCGGCCAAAGAAAAAGAGAUCUCGCAGCUAGUAGAAGACGUCCGCCGGCUGCAGGCGUCACUAGCGGCUCUGCAGGAGGCGCAUGCGCAGCAGCUGCGGCGCCUGGAGGAGCGGCUGGAUGAGAAGAAGCAGCACAUCGCGAGGCUUGAAGCCAGGCUUGACAACCAGCGGGACUAUGACGACGUCAAGAGAGAGAUUUGCCUGCUCCGCGGCGACGUGAGCCGCGACAAGCCGGAGCCGGCUCGCUCGCCCGCCUCGUCGCAGCACGAGCGCGCCUCCGCCACGCCCACCGCGCCCGCCCGCGACCACGGUGACGACUGGGCCAGCACGCCGCCGCCGCUCAACAACAACACCACGCACCACAACCACAACGGGCCGCUGCACCCGCCGCCCAGCCCCUUCCGCUUCGACGAGCACCGGCCGUACCGCUUCGCCGAGGACAUGGGGCCGCUGCCGCCCGGCGCGCUCGUGGGCCGCCUCGGCGACUCGCUCAUCCCCAAGGGCGACCCGAUGGAGGCUCGUCUGCAGGAGAUGCUGCGGUACAACAUGGACAAGUACGCCAACAGCAACCUGGACACGCUGCACAUCAGCCGGCGCGUGCGCGAGCUGCUGUCUGUGCACAACAUCGGCCAGCGGCUGUUCGCCAAGUACGUGCUGGGCCUGAGCCAGGGCACGGUGUCGGAGCUGCUGUCGAAGCCCAAGCCCUGGGACAAGCUCACGGAGAAGGGCCGCGACUCGUACCGCAAGAUGCACGCGUGGGCCUGCGAUGAGGCCGCCGUCAUGCUGCUCAAGUCACUCAUACCCAAAAAAGUUGGAUCCAAGGAUGGGUCGAUAGGCCCGGGUUUUGGGAGGCCAGACGGCGAGAACGAUGACCGCCUGGCGCACAUCCUGAAUGAAGCAUCUCACAUGAUGAAGAACCCCAAUAUUCCGCCAAACAACGAUGACUCGAGAAGCAACGAAGACUCCAGCUCGCCGAGGACGCAAUGCCCUUCGCCUUUCUCAAACAAGGACGGCAGCCAAAAUAGAAGACUAAAGAAAUACGAAAACGAUGACAUUCCACAAGAGAAAGUAGUGCGCAUCUACCAAGAAGAGCUGGCGAAAAUCAUGAGCAGAAGAGUUGAGGACAUCCGCCACAACCGAGAGGGCUUCCCUGGCAUGUUUCCCCCCUUUUUCAGCGGCGGUAUGCCCCCUCACAUGGAGCGUCCGCCCGAGGACAUCCGGAUGGCGUUGGAGGCCUACCACCGGGAACUGGCCAAGAUACAGCCCGGAGCCAACAUGGCCAACCUCCACAACCUGCCCGGUAUGCCCCCGUUCCCCAACCUCCUGGCCCUGCAACACCAGGCCAUGCAGCAGGCGCAGAACCACCACAUCAACGGCUCCGGGGCCAUCCAGGACCUGUCCAUCCCCAAGGACAAGAAUGCCAAAAUGAAUGGAAUGACUGAUAGUGAUAAGGAAAAGGCUAUGGACGCGGAGGAGGCGAUCCGGCACGCGGGCAGCGCGUUCAGCCUCGUGCGGCCCAAGCUGGAGCCGGGGCAGCAGUCCACGGGGUCCUCGGCCUCCAGCCCGCUCGGCAACGCCAUCCUGCCGCCCGCCAUCACGCCCAGCGAUGACUUCAGCAGCUCCGCCGCCGCCAGCCCGCUGCAACGGAUGGCUUCCAUCACCAACAGCCUCAUAUCACAACCCAGCAACCCCACGCACCACCAGCCGCAACAAAGAUCCAUGAAGGCCGUACUCCCGCCGAUCACGCAACAGCAAUUCGAUCUGUUCAACAAUCUGAACACGGAAGACAUAGUGCGAAGGGUCAAAGAAGCUUUGAGUCAAUACUCGAUCAGCCAGAGGUUGUUCGGGGAGUCUGUGCUAGGGUUGUCACAGGGGUCGGUGAGCGACCUGCUGGCGCGGCCCAAGCCCUGGCACAUGCUGACGCAGAAGGGCCGGGAGCCGUUCAUCCGGAUGAAGAUGUUCCUUGAAGACGACAACGCGGUGCACAAGCUCGUCGCCUCGCAGUACAAGAUCGCGCCCGAGAAGCUCAUGCGCACCGGCAACUACAGCGGGGCACCUCCUCUUCCGCCGAACAUGGGCAAGCCGAUGCCGCCGACGCAGAAGAUGAUCUCGGACGCGACGUCGCUGCUGAACAAGAUGCAGCAGGAGCAGCUGCUGGGGUCCAGCCACCUGCCGCACCUCCCCCCCACGCCCCUGCUGCUGACCCCCCCAGGCUUCCCCCCGCACCACGCCGUCACGCUGCCACCGCAGCACCACGACAAGGAGCGCAAGCCCCCGCCCCCGCCCCCGCACCACGCCCCUCUGCGCUCCCUGCACCAGCACAUCUCGCCCAGCGUGUACGAGAUGGCGGCGCUCACGCAGGACCUGGACACGCAGACCAUCACCACCAAGAUCAAGGAGGCUCUCCUCGCCAACAACAUCGGCCAGAAGAUCUUCGGCGAGGCCGUGCUGGGCCUGUCGCAGGGCUCCGUCAGCGAGCUGCUGUCGAAGCCCAAGCCCUGGCACAUGCUCAGCAUCAAGGGUCGCGAGCCCUUCAUCCGCAUGCAGCUGUGGCUGAGCGACGCGCACAACGUGGACCGCCUGCAGGCGCUGAAGAACGAGCGGCGCGAGGCCAACAAGCGGCGCCGCUCCAGCGGGCCCGGCCAGGACAACUCCUCCGACACCUCGUCCAACGACACGUCCGAGUUCUACCACUCCAGCUCGCCCGGCCCCGCCGCCGGCGCGCCCAGCGCCAAGAAGCAGCGCGUGCUGUUCUCCGAGGAGCAGAAGGAGGCGCUGCGGCUCGCCUUCGCGCUCGACCCCUACCCCAACAUGCCCACCAUCGAGUUCCUGGCCACCGAGCUGGGCCUGUCCACGCGCACCAUCACCAACUGGUUCCACAACCACCGCAUGCGCCUCAAGCAGCAGGCGCCGCACGGGGGUAGCGAGCCCGCGCCGCGCGAGGCCGCCGCGCCCUUCGACCCCGUGCAGUUCCGCCUGCUGCUCAACCAGCGCCUGUUGGAGCUGCAGAAGGAGCGGCUGGGGCUGGGCGGCGUGCCGCUGCCAUACCCGCCCUACUUCGCCGCCAACAGCAACCUGGCGGCGCUGAUCGGGCGCGGGCUGCUGCCGCCCGAGCGCAAGGACCAGACCAGCGGGCUGGACCUGUCCAUGCCGCUGAAGCGCGAGCCCGACGGCGACGACUUCGAGGACGACGACGCGGAGAGCAACCUCGGCUCCGAGGACUCGCUGGACGACGGCGAGUCCAAGAGCGAGCCCAAGGCGGCGUCCACGCCGGCCGGCGGCCGCUCCAGCCGCCGCAAGCCCGUGGCGCCGCAGUGGGUCAACCCCGACUGGCAGGACGAGAAGGGCCGCAACCCCGACGAGGUGAUCAUCAACGGCGUGUGCGUGAUGCGGAGCGACGACUUCCGGCGCGAGGCGGCGCCCACCGUGCGCGUGGAGCCGUCGCCCGCGCCGCCCGCCGCCUCGCCCCCCGCGUCCCCCGCCGCCUCCCCGCCCGCCGCGCCGCCCGACGCGCUGCCCGACGUCCUGCCCGACGACAAGAUCAAGUGCGAGACCGACGACGACCGGUGGGAGUACUAGACUAGACUGUAACCUAGCUUUAUGUGUGAUAGAUUGAGGACGGAACUCUUGCGAGUGUCUUAGCGGUUGAAACGGGUCCGAAAGUGUUCUAGAAUAGUCCCAGUGACAGUACUGAAUUUGUAUCUCAUAUCAUGAUGAACUUAUUUAUUAAAUAAUGAAUUUUGCUACGAAUUUUUGCGGCCGACAUAGCUGCGGCCCGUGGUUCGGAACGACUCUAGUAACUUUCAGUGCAAAUAUUAUCGUGUAGUUAAAUGUAUGUUUUGUUAAUUCGAUAUAAGGCCAAAGACUUUGUAAAUAGUUUUCCUUUUAGCUUUUCCCUUUAUUAUUAUUAUGCCAGGCAUAGUUUAUAUUUAGUUGUACAUGAAUAACAAACGACUAGCGAUACAAAAAUGCAUUUUGCUUUAAGAGGUUUUCUGUUGUUUUUUUUUAGGUUUUGUACAUUUAGGAUUUUGUAGUUAAAUUUGAUUGUGCCUCUGAAAAGAUACAUAGCUUCAUACGUCUGAGUAUUUUAAGUUAUGGUAUAUUGUGUCAGAAUCGUAAUAUUUCCUUUUUUGUAAAUAAAUAUACCAAAUAUUGGCUAUUGGCAGUAGGAAGGCAAUGUGUACAUAUAUAAAUUGUAACGAGUAUCAGUGUAAAAUAGUAUGAUGGCGAGCUGUAAGGGGUAGUAACAUUUAUUGUUAAUCAGAUAAUAAAAAGUGCAAUCAGAAAUAUGUUUAAGCAUCGAGAUGUGAGCCCCAGUUAAAAGUAUUAUUAAGUUUAUAUCGACCGUAGAGGUUUAAAAUAUUAUAAUUGGGUUAUGUAAGUUUUACUUUUAAAUUAUAAAAGUUUAUACUAUUGUAUGUUUUUGGAUUCUUUAUAAUUUUAUAUGUACAACUUACGGGAGGACGCUCAAAUGAUCAAAUGUGAUUUUUACAGUAGCUGCUUUUUAUACACUAUUUUUUAUUAUUUUAUAUAUAGCUUCGUCUCAAAGUUUACUUUUAUCAUUUAAGUGAACGUCUGCAGUUUCCUCUGAGUUUCUACUAUAUCUACGUAUAUAUAUAUUAUUAUAUAUUAAAUUAAAUGAAUGUACAAAUGUAGUAAGCACAAAUCAAUAUAACCUUUGAUGGAGCAA